UCUUCAGUCUUACCAGUCAGUCCAGUUUUUUCCCCCACUCAUCUUUUGGCAGCUAACUGGUUGUUCUUUCUGACAGGCUUUCCGAUUUGUCACAUUUUCUUGGAAGCACAAGAGACACACCCACCUUGUGUGAUUGCAGUUUCUCUUGCCAGCGAUUCUGAUCAACUUCAAACCUCAACCUGUGAGAACCUACAGAGACAGUCUCACUCCCUUGCUAGUUGGAAAGGAUGUGUGGUUUUCUGUACUUUGUGCUCCCAGCGCUGGGAGGAUACACUCUCACCUCGCUGUACCUGCUGAAGAACCCACACAUUCUCCACAGGAAGAAAAAGACAGCAUUCUUCUGCACUCACAUUUCACACAGAGGAGGAGCUGGGGAGAGGAUAGAAAGCACCAUGGGUGCGUUUGAUCAUGCGCUGCAGCAGGGCACUGAGAUGCUGGAGAUGGACUGUCACCUGACACACGAUGGACAUGUGGUAGUGUCUCAUGAUGAGAACCUGCUGAGGCAGACUGGGCAUGAUGUGCCCCUCUCCUCACUCGAUCUACAGGAUUUGCCUCCGUACAAGGAAAGACUGGAGGUUACAUUUCAUGCAGGUCACUACAGCUGCGGCGCAGACAGGAAGUUUGCUCUGCUGGAGGACGUGUUCAGGAAGUUUCCUGAGACUCCCGUCAGCAUUGAGAUCAAAGAGAACGACCGCCAGCUCAUGCAGAAGAUUUCAGAGUUGGUUAGAGGCUACAACAGGGAGAACAUCACUGUGUGGGCUUCUGCUGAUGCAACCACCUUGAAGGAGUGCCAAAGAAUCAACGGCUCCAUGCCGUACAGUUUCUCUGCCCAACGAGGCGUGCUGCUCCUGCUGCUCUUCUACAGCGGCCUGCUGCCCUUCGUGCCACUGGGAGAAAGCUUACUGCAGUUCUACUUGCCACGCCUCAUGAACAGGACGUACAUCCCCGAGCUGAGGAUCCUGCGGAAUGGUCUGGUAGUGUUUUUAAUAGAAAAAGUGACCAUGAGGAAAAGUCUUUUUAAACACCUUGCAGCUCGUGGAAUACAGGUACAUUUAUUUGUUUGCAAUGAAGAUGAAGACAUAGAGGCAGCAUUUGAAGUGGGAGCCACGGGGGUGAUGACUGACUAUCCAACUGUCUUGUCAAACUACCUCAGCAGAAACAGGAGUCGCUGACACACGUCAACAGUGGUGUAGACUUUUAAAACAAUGCUUUCUAAAAAAUGAGAGUAAAGAUAUUGUUUGGGGAAAAAAAGACAUUGCCAAGAGACAUGUGAGAUUCAUUUCCUCUUCUGUGACAAUAUUAAUCAAGGUUAGGAUCUUUUAAAAAGCAUGUAGUGAAAACAAAGCUGGGAUUCAGCUAGUAAGUCAUUAGGAAAUCCUCAAUCACUGCUGAUUGAAGAGCUUGUUUGUGUUGUGAUUAGUAGUUAGAUUACUCUUAUUGUUUGAUUACAAACAGCUCAGUAUUUAAAAAUAGCUGUCACCGAUUUAAUUUUUUUAUCUACACCACAUCACAGGAAUGAAUGUUUAACCAGUCUACUGAUAAAAAGAGACUAAACAAACGUGACUUUGUUUUGGCUGCGUCUGUUGUUUUCUGCUGUUAUUGAUCUGGUUUGAGUACUUGACUUAAGAAAUAAAUGAUGGAAAGAAUCAGUGCCUUUUUUAUAUCUUAAUGUUUAUUGUUUUUACAUACAGACAAUCACAGCUUAGGAAAUGUAAGUAAAGAUACACUUGUUGCUGCUAUAAAUAAAUACACCAUAAACAUGCAUUA